AAGUCAGCAACAGCGCGACGCGAGAAGCAGCUCGGCUGACUUUCUCUAACGAGAUCGCGAGAAGCGAGAGAUUCGUUAUUGGGCAAGCGGCUUCUCCGUAGGUACGCGCUCGUAGCUGGGGCCUAGCGCGCCACUCGCUCCCGCAUCGGCUUGCCUAUUUUCGGAAGUUAACCUUGACGCGCGCACUUGAUUCGCUUGCGAUCGAUUCGAUUUGCGAGGGGCGGCCUCGCCUUGGGGGACAUCAUCCUACUACGCGCAGCCAGGACAUGGCCGUCUCCAUCAAUGAGAUCUGCGAGAACACGAAGCUGGCAAGGGAGAUGGCACUGACUGGCAACUACGACACUUCGGGCGUUUAUUAUCAGGGCGUCGUGCAGCAGAUCCACAGGCUCCUCUCGAGCAUCGUCGACGGCACGAGGAAGGCCAAGUGGCAGCAGGUGCAGCACCAGAUCGUGCAGGAGUUCGAGAAAGUUAAGGCGACCUCGAGCACGCUCCAGCUAUUCAAAGUCGAUACACACAGCGAGAGACUGAUAGGGACGUCGUGUUUACCGUACGAAGAGCCAGCGCGGGAUUCCGCAUUGUGGUCGUGCGGCAGCUCUGGGAAUUGGGUGCCAACGUUACCUCGAGAUCCAGAUGUGUGGCCGCCGUUAUCACCGACCGAGCAAAAGAAUUCGAAGCUUCAGCCGAGGAGUCAGCAGAAGCCAGCGAGUCGAUCGAAUAUUCGUAAGCCAAGUGUGAGCUCUGCUAAGAAGACGGAUGUGAAGCCGAUGUUUCGCAACAAUCAGCGUAGCAAUGGCAACGACGAUAAGAAAACUCCUACUCCGAAUAAUGCCAAGAAGGAUGAUGUAAAUAAGGAGAAGGUCGAAUCUGAGAAAACAGACGUGGAGGUGGAGGAGAGGAAGUUCGAGUCUUCGGGUGCCGAUAGAGAUCUUGUAGACACGCUGGAGCGUGACAUUGUACAGAAAAAUAUUGAUAUACAUUGGGAUGAUAUAGCUGAUCUACACGAUGCUAAAAGACUGUUGGAAGAAGUGGUCGUACUACCGACGUUAAUGCCAGAUUUUUUCAAAGGAAUCCGCAGACCCUGGAAAGGUGUUCUUAUGGUGGGACCACCAGGUACGGGAAAGACUAUGCUUGCUAAAGCAGUGGCGACGGAAUGCAGUACGACCUUCUUUAAUGUAUCCUCGUCUACGUUGACAUCCAAAUAUAGGGGAGAAUCUGAAAAGCUCGUUCGCCUAUUAUUCGAAAUGGCAAGAUUUUAUGCACCCAGUACUAUAUUUAUUGACGAAAUCGAUUCAUUAUGCUCGAGACGAGGCUCUGAAUCUGAACACGAAGCAUCAAGGAGGGUCAAAUCUGAGUUACUCGUUCAGAUGGACGGUAUAAGUUCUAAUAACGAAGAUCCUACUAAAAUAGUCAUGGUCUUAGCGGCUACCAAUUUUCCCUGGGAUAUCGACGAAGCCUUGAGGAGAAGAUUGGAAAAGCGAAUAUACAUACCAUUACCAAAUCAUGCGGGAAGAGAAGCAUUAUUAAAAAUUAAUCUUCGAGAAGUUAAAGUUGAUAAGUCGGUUAAUCUUAGUGAAAUAGCAGAGAAACUAGAAGGUUAUUCGGGAGCAGAUAUUACAAACGUGUGCAGAGAUGCAUCGAUGAUGUCUAUGCGGAGGAAAAUUGCUGGCUUAAGGCCAGAUCAAAUAAGACAAUUGCCAAAGGAAGAAUUGGACUUGCCAGUAUCAUCGACAGACUUUGACGAAGCAGUCGAAAGAUGUAACAAAAGUGUAUCGCAGGAAGAUCUCGAAAAAUAUGAAAAAUGGAUGAGUGAAUUCGGUUCAUCUUGAUACAGUAGUUCUCGCACAUAAAGUUUAAAUUCACAAAUGUAUUUUUUUACCAAAGGCAAAGUCAGCCUCUUAAAUAUUGUGUGAAAAAGAAAAAACCAAAUUAAUCCAAAUAUAUAUAUAUAUUAUUAACUAAAAAUAAAAUUUUUAAUGUAAAAUAUGACUGUCAUUGGGACCAAUAACUUUGCAAUAAUCGAUGUGAGGGAU